AUGUCGAACUCUGGAGGUCGAUUUGCAUCUUACAGAAAUGCUCUCACCGCGAUUUCUGGGAGGACGGGAACACCACUCCCUUCUCUCGUAGUCUCCUUCGUCGUUCUUCAUGAAUUAACUGCCAUCGUUCCCAUCGUGGGGAUUUUUUACACGGCACGCAGUCUUGGCGCAGGCGAGCGCGUCGUUAAUGCUGUUGCUCUCAACCGAGAUGGCUCUAUUGACGACCAGUCUUGGAUAAACACCCAGCUGAGAUCGUGGCUUGAUGAAGGCGAGCAGUGGGCUGGUCGAGUCGGACGUCGAUAUGGCAUCUUCGGCUUUGAGAAGGGCGAGAUUGUUGGCAAGGCUCAGACGAGCCAGUUGCCUGGGAAGCUAGCGGGGGAUGUCGCAAAUGCCGUUUUGGCUUAUGGUGCAGCCAAGGCGCUUCUACCCAUCCGCAUUGGUCUUUCGUUAUAUCUUUCUCCGAUGUUCUCUCGGGCAGUUGUAGAGCCGAUUCGUUUAGGCGGUCUUCGUCUAUUAGGGCGUAGGCCGAAAUCUUCUUAA